AUGUCUGAUUGGCGAUCUCAUGAUGCUGCACAAGACUUCUCUCAAAAGCGUAAGCGUGAGCUAGAAUCUGGAAAGGCCGUCUCUUAUGGCCACCGCUUUGAUCCCUCAAAACAUGAAAGAGAGCAAGAGGUGCACGACGAGCACGGCAGACGUCGAUUGCAUGGCGCAUUCACCGGCGGCUUCAGUGCAGGCUACUUUGGUACUGUUGGCUCUAAGGAAGGCUGGGCGCCCACUAGCUUUGUCUCAUCUCGCACCAAGCGUGCCACAGCGAAAUCUAAUGUCAUGGAUUUUAUGGAUGCAGAAGAUAUUGCAGACCUUGAAGAGACGAUGGAAUUCAAGGCAGCACGAGAUGCAAACAAGCUCAAAGACGAUACUGAGCGGCAGCAAGUCUUGCAUAGCUAUGAGGAGAAAGCAGGUGACGCUCCUGCUAACGAUCCACCACCUGCACUGAAAAAACCAAGCAGAUCAGGUGGCAUGGCUACGGUCUCGUUGUUGCUUGAAGAGGAUGAUGAGCAAGACGCUUUCGAUAUUGGACCAAAGAUCAGCUACGACAAGACGCUUGCUAAACAGAAAAAGGUGAAGCUCAAGUCUGCGGCGAAUGUGCAACACACGUUCAAAAGCAGCAAAGAAGCCCAAGCGAAGGCGGCAAAACGGCAGGCCUUACUACAAGAUCUAGAUGGAGCUGCUGUUGUACAAGAAAAGACAGAGCAGCUCGCUCCAGUUGAGGAUAAGCUGCGCCCUGCAGCAAUCUCUCGGCCUCGGACCUUCGCUCCAGCUAACGAGGCAGCCAGUGCAACUUUGGAGGAUAACAUUCCUCCAUGGCGCCGGAAAGCCUCUGCACAGCCUGCAGACUCAUCGCAACAGACUGGGCCUGCACUUGACACGUCUCUUGCUGCUGGUGCCCUGAAGAGCACAUUCGAUCCGUAUGCCCAAGAUGCAGCAAAAUCCAAGCGCUACCGUACCUAUCUGAGUCGUGAGGCCUCAGAGCCCUCGCCAUUACACAUCAACGUUUCAAAUCUAGACUCUGGCGUUUUUACCACAGAGCUGGCAGAGUUUCAACGUGCCGCGCUCAUGUUUGGUUCAUCUUCUGGCGCCAUGGCUAAACGCUUCACGAGCUCCACUGGUCAAGUGGCGCCAGAGGAUAUACAAGUUCAUGUGGCCAACGAGGAUCAGGUAGAAGCGGCGAAGCUUGGUCUUUUUGGUCACCGCACUCGGGUAGUCGAGCCGUGGUUUCCCACAAGACUACUUUGCAAGCGUUUCGGUCUGACUGAUCCGCAUCCUGAAGGUAAAGCAGUGCCACGUAUUGACAUGGAAAACCGCACAAAUGACCACGAACAACACCGAGCGCAGAUCGAAACACUGAUGCAGACAGAGGUAUUGUCAAGCAGUUCUACAACAGGAAAAUAG